AUGGCAAUAAAUCUAGAUGUACGCGAGCUAGUGGUGUUGGGAGCUUCUGAAUUGCUUAUUCGACAAAUUCAAGGCGAAUGGGAAAUGAGAGAUAUCAAGUUCAUUCCAUACAAACAGUGCUUAGAGGACCUUAGCAAAAGGCUCAAGUCUAUCGAGUUUAGAUAUAUUCCUAUAUCCCACAAUGAGCUAGCUGAUGCCCUGGCUACCCUAGCUUCUAUGCUUCCAUACCCAGGAAAUACGCAUAUCGACCCAUUAGAGAUACAGAUGAGAGAUCAACAUGGUUAUUGCAACAUAACUGAUGCAGAAACAGAUAAUGAACCCUGGUACUAUGAUAUCAAAUGCUUCCUAAAGUCAAAAGAAUAUCCAAUGAAUGCCAAUGCAGAUCAAAAAAGGACUAUUAGGCGACUAGCUAAUGGUUUCUUCUUAAGUGGGGAGAUUCU